UUCCAUCGAUCCAAUCUGUCGUCGCACCACUCCAAGGAGCGAUUAGCGUCCGCAUAUCAUCCUGGUCGACCAUACAUAGGAGUAGUGACGCCCACCAUGGCGGCCUCUUCCACCACCGACUCGACGCUGUCGAGACCCUCUUCCAUCGCUCCUCCAGCGUCUCGCCGUCUUCCCAGGUCGCGCAGCGAGAGCUUCUCAAGCGAUCGCCCCUCUACCAUCAUGGGCCAUAGCCUCAUGUCCCCUCCUUUGUCCGUGUCGCCAGAGGCUGCCUUCAUCGCUGCCUCGGCCGCCUCUCAAAUCGUGACGAAUGACCAUGACAGCCACGCCGACACCUGGUACGAUCAGCAUGGCAUCGAGCCUGCCGGCGAGACAGCAUUGGUCUCGCCAGGCGCACUCAAGCUCGUCAACAGCUUUCUUGACCAGCUCCUUUUCAACUUCCUUCAGGUCUCCCGAGCCACCACCUUGACAGCCCUUCGCCCUGCCGUGUCUGAAGUCUUGAAGCCCAAGCUUGCAAAAGACGCCAUCAACAACGCCGACGAAGAGCUGCGAGAAUAUCUUGGGGGAGCCGACGAGGAUGAGUUUGCAGCGCCGCGAGGCACAGACUCGCUUCGGGAUUGGGAUGUCGAACUGGUAUGGAAACGGACUCGUCUGAGAUGCAUGGUAUACUCAUCACUGGGUGACAUGGAAGAGGAGGACGAGGACUUUUACACAGAACAAGAGAACCUCGAGCCCGGUGCCGAGGAGCAAGGCUCCGAAAUCAUUUCGCCCGCCGUCGCCAUCUUCCUGACGUCGGUUCUCGAGUUCAUGGGCGAGGCGGCACUCGUGCUAGCGGGCCAGGCCGCUUACAACCGUAUGCGCACCAAUUUUGAGAGGUCUCUGAAAGAUGGGUCCAAGAGCCACAACGACAUUGCCGAUCGAAUCGUGGUCGAGGAACUCGACAUGGAACGUGUGGCUUUGGACAGGACACUCGGUCGCCUGUGGAGGGCUUGGAAGAAGAGAAUUCGUUCUCCCAUUCCAGACACCCCUCGGCGCUUUUCGCAGAGUUCCAGGGGCCACUUCCGACAGGGAAGCAGCCCUAGUGAGACGGCACGUGCUCUAGACAGGACGGAAGAGACGGAGUCCGGGUUCAAGGAGAAGGCACUGGAGGAGAAAGAACCGGCAAUGGACCGGGUCGAAGAAUUUGUCAAGGCGUCCGCCAUACCCCUACCGGUUGGCGACCAUGACGUUGACGAGAUUGAGGUACCUGGCCUCAUUUCGUACAGUGACGACGAAGGCGAUGGAGACGAAGAAGACGAUGACAAGGAGCGCCGCGCGCCCCGUCCGAGGAGCAUGAUGAUUUUCUCGCAGAUCUUCACCAAUGCACUCCCCAGCCCAACCUGGUCUCAACCUCGGACACCACUGAGCCCUAUCCCCUCGAGCCGCAAGAGGUCAAAUUCGCUGCCUACGCCGGCACCAUCGCCUUAUGACUCGCCUGCUGCCAAGCGCCCCAAGGUCGAGGCUAUUCCCAGUAAACUUGCCGACGAAGUGGACGUCGACUCCGACAAAGCAAUUUCCACCGAAACCAUCACAGAGGCGGUCGAGUCAACAGAGGGACCCGCACUUGCCACUCAGCCGCUCACUGAGCCGCUCACUGAGGAUUCACCUGUAUCUCCAAGCAUUUCUGAUGACUCGGCCGAAGCCACUGCGAAGCAGCAAAACGAACAGGUGAGCACAUCGGAAGCGGUUCAAGAGUCCAUCUCGGUGGACCAGGAACAAGCCCCCCCAGAAUUUGGGCGGAGGAGCUCCAAGCGCAUGUCUCGCAUCAUCGGCAGUGCCGCCGUUGCCAGCACUGCUGUUGCUGCCGCUGCCGCUGCCACGGCCGCUGCUACUGCGGGUGCUACUGAAGAGAAGCCUCUGCAACAACAACAGUCACCCAAGGCCCAGGACACGUCUGACGGUGAAAUCGACGAGGUGGAGGAUUUUACCGAAGAACCGCAAAUACUUACCUCAGCGCGAGUGUCCUUUGCUGGCCGCAGCUCUCCCUCCGUUUCUGACUCCAGCAAAGUGCCGUCUAUCAAUACCAACAUUCCUCAGAGGACCCCGAGUGUGCACUCGGCCCGUGUCAUAGACGUCGUAGGCCCAAAAAGCCCCAUCGGUCGCUCGAGAACGCCUUCGGCUGAAGGAUCUGAGCGGAUAAGGCCGACAAGCUUAUCGCGAAGGAGCAGCGUACACACACCUCCUGUUGUUGAAGAAAAGCCAAGGCCGGCUCCGAUCGACACGCUUAUGCGCAACGCCGGCCCUGCGCCAGGAGCCCGGUCACCAGCUGAGAGGCUCACGCGGAGACAAGGCACGAACCUCUCAAUUUCCGAGGCUGAGGAGGAGCCUGAUUACGUACCAAAUCGCGAUGGGACACCGAUGACUCUGGCAUCGAGGUAUGCACCUCAGACACCGGAUGAGCUCCAGACCCAGUUUGAGGAAUCAGACCAGCCCAUUUUUGGGUCUGCAGUUCGACAGCCGGGGUCUCCUCGGCAAGAACACCGUCCUGCGACAACCAAAGUCACGAUCCUGACCACAACGGAUUCGUCAAAUGCCUUUGGAACCUACAAAGCGUCAUCCCCACCUCGCAAAUCGCCUGGCCUGCCACGUAGCCAGACGGACCGAAGCCGUGAGGAGCCAUACUCUGCAUCACACGGGCACACGACCAGUAUUGGUGUCGUGUCAGUCGAGCGCCAAUCUCUUGGCCGCGAAUCGCCUGAGCGUGCGCGACAGAUACACACCUCUGGCUCGUCAGGCUCGUCCAACGCUGGCAAGAUCAGGCCACUGAGGACUUCGGAAGAGAGUAAAGGAUCGCCGCGCGUCGAAAACGUCGCCCGCAACUUCGAGGAGCUCAUACAGAGCGACCAGACCAUACAGUACACGCUGACGCCAGAGAACAUGCGCGAUGUCAAGCCCAGCUCCAAUACGGCUGUCAAGCGGUCGGGGUCUACAAGUCUUGCCACCGGAUUGAACUCUCACCCUGUAAGCGAGCUCAAGCCCAACGCCAAACCCACUGGUUACAUCCCCAGAGCGCCUCCAAACGCCAAUACCAAUCGGUCCAAGUCUGGCGGCCCUCAAGCCAGGGAUGCUCGUGUCCCACGCGAGUCCAUGAUCGACUUUGCCGAAUUCAUCCGCAGUACUGGCCCCACGGGCGAGAACGGCCCUGCCCCCCUUCGCAACGGAAAUGGACAAGUACCAUCAGUCAAGAACAGCAUCGACAGUAGACGGGUGUCGUCGAAUAGCAACCGGCCCCGUCUCCAAGCUCGCGAUGCUGCUGUGGACAGCCGGGAGGACAAUUCUGAUCUCAUUGACUUCAUCCGCCGGGGUCCCCCCAGCUCGCACAACAAUCCUCGCAUCCCACGCCAUGUGGCUCCCUUCCGCAGUACCAUGGACUCCGACCAGAUGACAGGCGCCAUCGGCGGCAAGGCCAUCGACGCCAGUUUGCCCAAUAUCCGAUAUAGCCAAGCCUCGACAAACGUGACUGAUGUCACGAUGCCUUCGGUUCAGUCAUCUGUCAACUCUCAAAGUGCACUUAUCAAAAACAACAGGCAGAAUGAUGUCAUUGACGAAGAGGAAUUUAUGCCCAAGCGCACCCAGCGGCGUCCGCCCCAGAAGCAGGAGGAAAGCUUGGCGGACUUCUUGAGAAACUACCAGCCACCCCCCGAACCAGUUGUUCAGACACCGCUCGCAAAUAGGCCAAAGAAGAAGGCCAGCGCGCCGAGUCUCAUUGGUCGCUUUACGCGUGGUAUCAACCACGGUUCUCAGUCUCAAGCUGCGACUAACGGCGGAGCCCAGACAAGCUUGGCGGAGCCGAGGUCAUCCAGCAGCCGACAGGUUGGUGGUGCCCUCGGCCAUACUCCCAUCCAGGUCAGCAUGCCGCCGGGUUACGACCAGUACGGACCCAUCGACGGCACUCGUCGGCUUGCCACUCAGUCCAGCGGGCGCGUGCCGAUGAAGAAGUACGAACCGCGCGAGGCAUCGUCCGUGGUGACCCGCACUAGCGAUUUGGCCAGCUUCCUGCGGGACUCGGAGCCGCCGCCGCAUUCAAAUCCUCCGAGUCUCUACUCCACCCAAGAGCAAUCGUCCUCGGGCAGUGGCUUCUCCAAGAUGUUCGGUCGUCGCAAGAAGUCCAGCAUGGCUUGA